AGCGCAGCAGUGGGCUGUGCUCGUGCACUUCGCCUCAGAUUCGUACGCCUGACAGCCAGCGGUGCAUUACAGCAAGAGGAGCCGUUUCCAAGGACCGGGUUACUAUAGCAGUUAUACAUACGGCGUGUUCUAUCAUUGAUAAACAUUAUUAUUGCUAUAGAUAUUUACUAAAAUUUCCUAACACCUACAAUUAGUAUCCUGCAAACAUGAAUCCGUUGUGUGGCAGAUGUAACCGAGUCGUGUACCCCACGGAAAAAGUGAAUUGUCUGGACAAGUACUGGCAUAAAUCAUGUUUCAGCUGCGAGACCUGCAAAAUGACUCUGAACAUGAAGAAUUACAAAGGCUUUGAGAAGAGACCAUACUGCAAUGCACACUACCCCAAGACCUCCUUCACCAGCGUGGCCGACACCCCCGAGAACCUGCGCCUCAAACAACAGAGCAAGAUGCAAAGCCAGGUGCUGUAUAAGGAGGAGUUCGAGAAGAACAAAGGGAAGGGCUUCAGUGUGGUGGCGGACACGCCAGAGUUGCAGAGAAUCAAGAAGACGCAGGACCAAAUCAGCAACAUUAAGUACCAUGAGGACUUUGAGAAGGGUCGGAUGGGAGGAGAAGCUGGGCCCCCUGAUAGCAACGCCGCUCCAGCAUAUCAUCAUCAGCCAACCAACCCAACCAACCCACCCAAGGCUCAGAACUACAACUACCAACCAGCUGCUGAGCCGGUGCGCUCUGCCGCUGCUGCGCCGCCCCCUAGUGCCGGGAAGCGGUACCGGGCUGUCUAUGACUACGCGGCGGCGGACGAAGACGAGGUGUCCUUCCUGGACGGGGACAUGAUCCUGGACGUGCAGCAGAUCGACGAGGGCUGGAUGUACGGCCGCGUGGAGCGCACCGGCCAGCAGGGGAUGCUGCCUGCCAACUACGUGGAAGCCAUCUGAGAGAGAGAGAGAUAGGGAGAGAGGGGGGGAGAGAGAGAGACAGGGAGAGAGAGAGACAGAGAGGGGGAGGGAGAGAGGGAGGAGAGAGGAGAGAGGGGGGGGGAGAGAGGGAGAGAGAGAGGAAGACAAGGUAAAAGAAGGGAGGAAAAUAUGAAAAUCAAAAGCCCAGUGCCAUCUCAUUCCUCAAUUUAAUACGCUUUCUCUAUAUUAUUAUUAUUAUUAUUAUUUGUUUUUGGUUUUUCUUAUCUUGCGCAUUCAGUUCCAAAGCUCAGAUCUAUUCAUGCCUGCUCUUCUGCACAGAGCCCAUGCUGCAGGCUUUCUGUCUGUCUGUCUGUUCGUCCGUCUGUCUUAAAUCCUUGGUCAACGGAGGUGCUAUCCCAAGUGGCACAUAAAUCUCAGCUGAUACACACACCAGUGUCUUAAACUACCCGCACCCCUGAAGCACUUCAGGCAUACGCUAUGGACCCAGCACAGAGCUCACAUUAAGGUGUUCAGACGGUCUGAAGCUCCUGGUCAGUCCAGCAUCUGGUUGACAUCAUCUGGAUGCCGUGGCAGUAGAGAGUUCUAUGGUCAGCAAGGGGACGCCAAAUGAGCCUGGGUGGUCAAAAACCACAGCCAGUGGGAACUGGGCAAAUUUUUUGAACCUUUGCUUGCAAACAUCAUUGAGCUACCCACAAUGCCCCUGUCCUCCCCUUGUGUGUGGCAAGCCUGUUCAGGCUGGUCAUGAUUUUCUUGGGUGUAACCAGAUGGUGAUGGAGGGGGAGCCACAGGGGGCCAUGAGUGAUAUACUGUAUGUGGCUCCUCCGUUUCUGACCAGUGCAAACCUCUGACAUUCCUUGAUUGUGCAGUCCUGACCUUUGACCUCUGCAGAAAUUCCUGACCAUUUAGCAGAGGACAAAAUGUCUCCUUAUCCUCCACACACAGUCUUGCUCUGUUCACGCAUUUCGAGCAGUUCUCGAGUUGUAUCUAAGUACAUUCCAUUCAUUCAGAUGCCCCUUUGCUGCUGCCUUGGUCAAUUGAGUAUCACUUUACCAAAAGCCUGUUUAUAUAUAUGUGAAUACAAUGUUCUUAUUGUAGCAGCUGUCUAGCUAGGCAUUGUGGGCAUUGCCAUAAUACUGGAAUUGGGUAGUAAUCAGGCAUUGAUCACCCUAUUGGUGUGUGUGUGUGUGUGUGAAGGAGCCUGAGAGCCUAAGGGGUGGGGCUUGUGAGCAUAGUAACAUAACUUUACCGGCAUUUACAAUCAUACCCAUACUGAAACGGCAAAGAGCUCGGGGUUGAAGAUUUUUCACCACCUGUGCACUUUGGGGUGUAAACAUGGCACUCUGUUUUAUAGCGGUUUAAAAAAGGGUGCAAGGGUUUAGGUGGACAUCGCUGUCUAUUACAAUGCCGGGUUUCAGUGGCGAUCUGACCCGUCUCAAUGAAGGAACCGUGGUUUUAGACAGGCCCUGCACAAUUCCAAAAUGACUUUCAUCAUUCCAUUCGUGACUGUGUGUAACGCAGCGUUCCAGUCAAACUGGAGAAGCGAGGGCCGAGGGUCGAAGAGAGAACGGGGCCGUCCGCUGCCGUCUGGCGCUCGCUCCUGUUGUCUUUGUCGUCAGCGUGGCCGCGCUGUCGUCGCCUGACCGCGACGCGCUCGUCAUCUCGGUGCCGUUGUCCGAGGGCGGGAGAGACACCUUGGGUCGCGAGGGCACCCGGGGAAGUCCCGUAGGCAAGCGUCACAGCUCAGACCAGCGGAUUUUUGUAAAAAAAAAACAAACACGCUUAACAGCACUUAACGGAACUGAAUAGUCCCGUGGCUACGGAGAGAAUCGUGCAGAGGGGCCCGUGUGCCGAAUUCAGAGAGAAUUUCUCUGAGGUCACUGUGCUUCUCUGUGGGGGGGAAAGGGGGGGGGGGGUUCGCACAAGCCUAUCUGAGCGUAUCUGACGAGCGCUGGCCAUAAACCGCGCGGCGCGUGCCGUCUUGUUCUUCGCGGGUCGGUCCAAAGGGUUAACGGCCCCUGCAGAUGCAAGUAAUGUUUGUAAGUGGGACGAAGGCUGGUUUUGUCCUGAGACGAGCGCUGUGUGUACGUAGAGCAGGCCCAGAGAAGCUGGGAACAUAGCGCUUCGCUUGAGGAGCCGGCCCGUACCCUCUGGGAGGCAGGAGGAGGGUGGCCCCACGGCUCGCUUUUUGGGGGAGGGAGGGGAGGGGGGGGGAGGGGAGUCCCUGCGUGUUCACGAGGAGGGUCCUUUCCUGACAUUCCACUGGGGUCGAGAGUAACCCUCGGCAACGCUCUCGUGCCCCGCGUUCCGCUCUCCGUUCUUUGUCUCAUCUUCCUACCGUAGAAGAAGCGUCAAACUCCGCUCCUGGAGGGCCACAGUGUCUGUGGGUCUUCAGUGUGUUUCAGCAGUAGCGAUUACGUUUAAUCAUUGAUUGGCUGAUGAGUCCACACACCUUGCUCUCAAAGCCUUAGCUGGCUGCUGAUUGGAAGGAAACCACUACUGCAUGCAUACAGACACUGUGGUCCUCCAGGACCAAAUGCACUGUGACUGUUUCAACGAAGAAUAAGAAGGGUGGUUAAAAAAAAAGGACAUUUUUGUAAUCGAAAGCGGAAAUAUUUUGAGCGACGAAAACAGCGCUUCAAAGCAUAGGUAACCGAAAAUAUGUGUAAAUGUAUAUUUAUGGAAAACGCGAAGUUUCGAGGUGGACGAAGGAUUAGCAGUCUGGUUUGGGGAAAUCGUAGUUUUAAGUCACGGAUUCAGUGUUAAGGAUUAUUUCAUUAUUUGGAGGGAUUGUUUUUUCUUUUUUUUUGCUCUUAUGGGAAUGAUUUGUGAAGCUAAGGCUUUGGUGGUGUUUGGGUUUUUUUUUUUAGGUGAAUGGUAAAUUUAGUGAAUUCCAUGACUGAAAUAAUGUAACUAAACUAAAAAGGGGGAUCUAAUAAGUGUCAGAGUGACAUGCAUGGUGAGGCAUUAAUCAUCACGGUUUUUAUGGUGGCCAUAACGGUGCAUUAUUAUGAUGGAUGUUACUCCAUUUCACAAUUCCUAUGGUGCCAUGCUCAAGAGUGACCCGUUGUUGCGGAACGGGUGAUAUUGGAGCCCAUAGAUCAGCGCUAGUCAACUCCAGGUCCUGCAGGCCCCAGUGUCAGCAGAUAUUUGCUCCGACCAAGCACCACAACUACCUGAUUUCGCCAAUUAUUUUACCUCCUUGGACCAGGUGGUGUAGUGCAUGGUUGGAGCCAAUACUUGCAGACACCGAGUCCACAGGACCUGGAGUAGAGCGACCCUUCCGUAGAUAAUACUGCUACAUAUAACAGCGUUUCGCUGUUAGGCUAUGUAAACAGCAGAGGUAGAAAAUCCAGCUUCAGAAAGUAAAGGUCCUCCCCAGUAUUUUGUUCCAAUAACCAGGAUUUCGUUUCAGCCAAGGGGUAGAACUAAUUAGGGAAAUCAGCUGUCUGAAUUAAUGGUCGGAAGAAACACAUGGCAGGACUUUUACUUUCUGACCCCUGGACUUUCCACCGCCGGUAAACAGCAGCUGUCGUGGUGCCGAGUUUCAAGUGCGCCAUGAAAGUUUUUGGAUUUUAAAUUAUUGGUUGGGAAGCUUUGGCUCAGUCUGGAGCAGAGUGCUCUUGAACCAGUGGUUUUUUUGCAGUGAUGUGUUCUAGGUUUGCGGUGGUCCGGUGCGAAGGCUUGUUGUGGGGAAACGCGAUCGGGGCUUUCGCAGCGAAUCCCGCCGGGUCCGUUGCUGAGAGUCCGCGCUGGUGGCUGAUGAGAGGAGGGGGAAAAGGUUUUAAUCUGGCAGUGCCCCAUCGCGCCAGAAACGAAGCGUAGAGCUAAUGGGGUAGUGGAAGGGGGAGGAAAGACCUAUUGGAUCGACCACAGAAGCAUAAGCUUCCCGCUACUCUCUGUUGCGCUGAUGGGAGAGGGUCUCUACUUCCUGUUGUGUGCUGUGUUGUGAGGAGGAUGAGGUGGGGGCUGCCUCAUUCACCCCACCUCCCACCGAAAUUGGCUGCCCUAAGACCACACCCCCUCUUCCUCAUCUUCCUUCUCCAACCCUCACCGUCUGUAGAGGCGUACUCCCAACUUCCCAAUGCAUACAUCUGUCUGCUUCGUUUGUGCUAAUAUGGUCUUAAUGUUAUUUUGCUAAAAUAUUCCUUUCUGUCAUCAAAUAUUCAAUGUAAGAAAAAAGUAAAUUAAUGCAUACAAAUAAAAGCAUAAAAAUAAGAUUCAUUAAAUUUUAUUUUUAUUUUCAUUUUACUUUGCAUACUAUGCAUAAAUCCGCGACUCAUUGAAUAUCAGGAAUUUGAUUAGCAUCUCUUGCUGCCCUGUCAAAUUACGUGUACUGACUAUCCAAUAAAAUGUCAUUUUUA